AGCUCUGUCAUUACUGUGUCUUUGGCCAUUCUGCUUUGGAAAACAGUUGUUAAAAUUGCAUUUCACAUCUUAAAAUAAAAAUAUUGAGCUUUGAGUUCACAUUAGCUCUCAGGAGGGUUUUUAACACUUAUUUCCUAGUGACACAGCUAAGGCUAUUCUCACAUCUUUGUAUUCUAUUGAGACAUGAAAUGGCUACCACUUAAUAAUUGUCACCAGUUGAUGUUAUCUGCGGCUUACUGUUAUCUCACAGACUGAGGGUGGCGGCCAGUGUCUGGGGCACUGAAUAUAACAAUCAGAAGAUCAGAUAUCUACUUCAGAGAAAUUGUAGGAAAAGGGGGAGAUGGUGGGAGGCUUUGGUGAAAUUACAUGCUCUGAUUUCUGCAUGGGUUUGAAGUUGCUCUUUUCGCAUGGAAGUCGUGGGAGUAAUGUGAUCAGGUUUAACAGUUUUAUAACCUUAUUCAAACUCUACACCGCUGUGACUUCACUAAAUGGGAGAACUGAGAAAGAAAAACAUUUUUAAAAAGCCAUCGGAUUGAUAUGAGGGAAACUUCACCUUGUUUACUAGUUGAACAUGUAUUAUUUGUCCCAUCUUUGUUAUUUCCUAGCAGGUGGGUGAUGUCACCAUCUCUAAAACUGGCUAGAAUACCACAGGUUGCAUGGCUUUAAGCAACAAGAAUUUAUUUUCUCCCAGUUCUGGAGGAUGGACGUUCAAGAUCUGGGCGGCAGCACAGCCAGCCUCUGCUGAGGCCUCUCUUCCUGGCCUGUGUGUAGCCGCUGUCUUGCUGUGCGCUCAUAUGACCUCUUCUUUGUCCAUGAGCUGGUGGGUGGGGAAGGGGCAGGGGGUCCCUCGUGUGCUUUCCUGUAAGGACACUAAUCCUGUCCUAUUAGGGUCCCACCGGUACGACCUCAUUUAACCUUAAUUACCUUCCUCUAGGUCCCAUCUCCAAAUCUAAUCACAUUAUGGAUUUAAGGCUUCAACAUAUUUUAAGCAGACAUAAUUUAGCCUAUUGCCCUUGCCAAGUUGCCUCUUUCACUGCUGUGUGAAUAGAAAGUAAGAGAAUAUGUUUGAAGGUGUUUCCAAAACUGGGAAGUGAUAUACAAAUGUGAAGGGUCAUUCUUAUGUACUCUAGUCUUUUUACUUAGUGUCAAUUAGUAAUGUUGUUAAAAGAGAGCUUUUCAAUUUCUUAAUUUGUAUUGGGUCUGGUAAGAACUUGGAAGAGAGAGAGGUUUUAUUUCUAGUCUAACACAUUAUAUAUAAAGUAUAUAUGAGCAGAAAAUAAUUGUCUCUUUUAAGAUAAUAUCAUUAUUGUCAUUUUACUGUCUUACAUUACCUCUGGGAAAUGAAAAUGUAUCCAAAUAGAUUGCAGUACAUUGAGCUCCAUAGAGACAGUGCCGGGGCAAGUGAGAGCCGGAUGGGCACUGGGCGACUCUGUGCCUCGCUGAGGAAAAAUAACUAAACAUGGGCAAAGGAGAUCCUAAGAAGCCGAGAGACAAAAUGUCAUCACAUGCAUUUUUUGCGCAAACUUGUCAGGAGGAGCAUAAGAAGACGCACCCUGAUGCUUCAGUCAACUUCUCAGAGUUUUCUAAGAAGUGCUCAGAGAGGUGGAAGACCAUGUCUGCUAAAGAGAAGGGAAAACUUGAAGAUAGGGCAAAGGCGGACAAGGCCCGUUAUGAGAGGGAAAUGAAAACCUAUAUUUCUCCUAAAGGGGAGACAAAAAAGAAGUUCAAGGAUCCCAAUGCACCCAAGAGGCCUCCUUCGGCCUUUUUCCUGUUCUGCUCUGAGUAUCGCCCAAAAAUCAAAGGAGAACACCCUAGCCUGCCCAUUGGUGAUGUUGUGAAGAAACUGGGAGAGAUGUGGAAUAACACUGCUGCAGAUGACAAGCAGCCUUAUGAAAAGAAGGAAAAAUUCCAAACGGAUAUUACUGCAUAUUGAGCUAAAGGAAAGCCUGAUGCAGCAAAAAAGGGAGUUGUCAAGGUUGAAAAAAGCAAGAAAAAGAAGGAAGAGGAGGAAGAUGAAGAGGAUGAGGAGGAAUAGGAAGAAGAUGAAGAUGAAGAAGAUGAUGAUGAUGAAUAAGUUGGUUCUAGCGCAGUUUUGUUUUCUUGUCUAUAAAGCAUUUAACCCCCUUGUACACAACUCACUCCUUUUAAAGAAAAAAUUGAAAUGUAAGGCUGUGUAAGAUUUGUUUUUAAACUGAACACGGAGUCUUUUUUUGUAUAGUUAACACGCUACCGAAUGUGUCUUUAGACAGCCCUGUCCUGGUGGUAUUUUCAAUGGCCACUAACCUUGCCGGGUACAGUAUGGGGGUUGUAAACUGGCAUGGAAAUUUAAAGCAAGUUCUUGUUGGUGCACAGCACAAAUUAGUUAUAUAUGGGGAUGGUAGUUUUUUCAUCUUCAGUUGUCUCUGAUGCAGCCUGUAUGAAAUAACUGUUGUUCUGUUAACUGAAUACCACUCUGUAAUUGCAAAAAAAAAAAAAGUUGCAGCUGUUUUGUUGACAUUCUGAAUGCUUCUAAGUAAAUACAAUUUUUUUUAUUAGGAAAAAAAAAAAGAAAGAAAGAAAAUGUAUCCAAAUAAAAGACAUAGAAGGAGACAUGGUAAUCUUCCCUAGGUUUGCGUUUUUUUACUCUGUUUUUCCCCAGGACUGUCUUCUAUAGAAUUUAAAAGAAUUCUCUAUUAGGCACCAUCAUGCCAUUUGGAGCUAUUACAGGCUCUGACUGCUACCUUCAUCUUGUGGGGUGAAAGUUAAGAGCGUUUCUAAGUUUGAUUUACUGAUUCUGUGUACCUUAUGAGAUGCAUUGUGUUCAGUCGCUGGGGAGAAUGUUAAAGUGAUAACAAUUAUUAUGAAAGUAUUGUAUUCCAGGCAGAUAGCAUGCGGCUUCUGUAAUUCGCUGUGACUUUUGAUUCCUGUUGUUACCUGGCAUCUAUUAUUUCUCCUGAGCUUCCUAUUCAGGAAUGCAUGCAAACCAUUUAGCACCAUGCAGAGUCGGAAUGCUGCAUCUCCUUUUAAUAGCUAUGAAGAAAACUGCAGAGUGUUCAAGAAAGGAUAGGUAGCAAAUAGACCAAAUGGUUUAUACUGUGUUCUUGCUGCAUGAAACAGUUCACGUGUGUGUUCAGGAGAGGACAGUGUGCUGCUGCUGGGUCUGUGGCCCUUCUCCACUAGGCCUGUAUCUACUCUUGUCCUUCUAAAGGUCACAGACACUCUAUAUUUUUGUCUC